AUGGAUGCCCGGAAGGUGUUCGAGUCCUGGAACGCUCUCAUACUUGGGCUCGUAGACAACGGGGAAGCCGAGCUUGCGACCGAGAUGUUCGCACACAUGACGCAGAACGAGAGCAGUCCAGCAGCGGCAGACACCCGGACUUUCGCCGCCGUGGUCACGGCUUGGAGCAACUUGGCAGCCUUGGAGACUGGAAAGCUCGUCCACGCUCGCGUUUGCCGGCUGGGGGUGGAGUGCGAGCCAUACGUAUCCAAUUCCCUGGUGGGACUCUACAGCAGAUGCGGGUCUAUAAGCGACGCCGAGGAGCUCUUUGGUUCCAUCAGCGACCGGAAGAGCGUGGUGGCAUGGUCGGCGCUGCUAGCCGGAUACAGCAGCCAGGGAGCUUGCGAGAAAGCGUUUAGCUUUCUCGAAGGAUCCACAGGGAAGGCUUAG